GGAGAGCAAGAGGACGCGCGUGCACACACACCCUGCCUCUUGGGUUUCUCCUCCUGAACCUCCUGUGUGAGAGGAAAUCUCGGGGCUUGGCUCUAUGGAGAAGCGCUUCUCGGGUCAAGCUGCCUUUCUAUCCCCGGCAUCCAGCGGAGCUGGCAUCCGAAUACAUUUCCUUCUGCUCUGCAAAGAGUCGUAGUGAACUUCCCAACCCAGGAGACUGAUCCAUUUAUCCUGCUUUGCAGGAAAGAAAACGUCUCAAACCCUCGACACCCGCCACCCCUCUCCGGAGACUGCCACCUCGGAGGUGCAGAACCGGAAGGGGACGCUUUGGGAAUGACCACGCUCCACGGAGGGACAGAGCCUGCCCCCAGCUUCUCCACACAGAGACUCCUCUACUAAAGCUCCAAAAAAUUAAAAAGAAAAAGAGAAAAGAAAAAAGAAAAGAGAACCCAACCCUUAAUUGCCGGAGACUCCUUAAAUCUAUAUAUUCGGGCUACUAACCUCACAUGCACAUGGAAUAAUGGCUCUGGAUUCUGCAUUGUGAGCCGCUCUCCACACCCUGAGAUUCCCUUUCACAUUACAUUUUUUCCUUUGAAUUUACAUCUCUUCAAGACACAAGAUUAAAACCAAAUUCACACUCCACUGGAUUUUAAAUGUUCUUCUGUCCCUUUAUCCUCCGUCUUUCUUAUGUGGAUAUGCAAGCGAGAAGAGGACUCUGGAUAUUCCCAACAUGCGCUCUCCCUUAAUCUGUCCGCCUAGAGCUUUGGCUUCUACAAACCAAGAGAGUCGACGAGCUGAAGAUGAAGCCCAGCGCAGAGUGCUGUUCUCCCAAGUUCUGGUUGGUGUUGGCCGUCUUGGCCGUAUCGGGCAGCAAAGCUCGUUCCCAAAAGAGCGCCCCCAGCAUCGGCAUCGCUGUCAUCCUCGUGGGCACUUCCGACGAAGUGGCCAUAAAAGAUGCCCACGAGAAAGAUGACUUCCAUCAUCUCUCAGUAGUUCCCCGGGUGGAGCUGGUAGCCAUGAACGAGACUGACCCAAAGAGCAUAAUCACCCGCAUCUGCGAUCUUAUGUCUGACCGGAAGAUCCAGGGGGUGGUGUUCGCGGAUGACACGGACCAGGAAGCCAUCGCCCAGAUCCUCGAUUUCAUUUCUGCUCAGACUCUCACCCCCAUCCUGGGCAUCCAUGGGGGCUCAUCUAUGAUAAUGGCAGAUAAGGAUGAGUCCUCCAUGUUCUUCCAGUUUGGCCCAUCCAUUGAACAGCAAGCUUCUGUCAUGCUCAACAUCAUGGAAGAAUACGACUGGUACAUCUUCUCCAUCGUCACCACCUACUUCCCCGGCUACCAGGACUUCGUGAACAAGAUCCGCAGCACUAUUGAGAACAGCUUUGUGGGCUGGGAGCUCGAGGAAGUCCUCCUGCUAGACAUGUCUCUAGACGAUGGCGACUCUAAGAUCCAGAAUCAGCUGAAGAAGCUGCAGAGCCCCAUCAUUCUCCUCUACUGCACAAAGGAAGAAGCCACCUACAUCUUCGAAGUAGCUAACUCAGUUGGGCUGACUGGCUACGGCUACACAUGGAUCGUGCCGAGUCUGGUGGCGGGGGAUACGGACACGGUGCCUUCAGAGUUCCCCACGGGGCUCAUCUCUGUGUCAUAUGACGAAUGGGACUAUGGCCUUCCUGCCAGAGUGAGAGAUGGGAUUGCCAUCAUCACCACUGCUGCCUCGGACAUGCUGUCCGAACACAGUUUCAUCCCUGAGCCCAAGAGCAGUUGCUACAACACCCACGAGAAGAGGAUCUACCAGUCUAACAUGCUGAAUAGGUAUCUGAUCAACGUCACUUUUGAAGGGAGAAACCUGUCCUUCAGUGAAGAUGGCUACCAGAUGCAUCCGAAGCUGGUGAUAAUCCUUCUGAACAAGGAGAGGAAGUGGGAGAGGGUGGGAAAAUGGAAAGACAAGUCCCUGCAGAUGAAAUACUAUGUGUGGCCUCGAAUGUGUCCUGAGACUGAAGAACAGGAAGAUGACCAUCUGAGCAUCGUUACCUUGGAGGAGGCACCGUUUGUCAUUGUGGAAAGUGUGGACCCUCUCAGUGGGACCUGCAUGCGGAAUACAGUCCCGUGCCAGAAGCGCAUCAUCUCUGAGAAUAAAACAGAUGAGGAACCAGGCUACAUCAAAAAAUGCUGCAAGGGGUUUUGUAUUGAUAUCCUUAAGAAAAUUUCUAAGUCUGUGAAGUUCACCUAUGACCUUUACCUGGUGACCAAUGGCAAGCAUGGAAAGAAAAUCAACGGGACCUGGAACGGCAUGAUUGGUGAGGUGGUCAUGAAGAGGGCCUAUAUGGCAGUGGGAUCACUAACUAUCAAUGAAGAACGGUCAGAGGUGGUUGACUUCUCUGUGCCCUUCAUAGAGACUGGCAUCAGUGUCAUGGUAUCACGCAGCAAUGGGACUGUGUCACCUUCUGCCUUCUUAGAGCCAUUCAGUGCUGACGUGUGGGUGAUGAUGUUUGUGAUGCUGCUCAUUGUCUCUGCUGUAGCUGUCUUUGUCUUUGAAUACUUCAGCCCUGUGGGUUACAACCGGUGCCUAGCUGAUGGCAGAGAGCCAGGCGGCCCAUCUUUCACCAUCGGCAAAGCGAUUUGGUUACUCUGGGGUCUGGUGUUUAACAACUCCGUACCUGUGCAGAACCCAAAGGGGACCACCUCCAAGAUCAUGGUGUCAGUGUGGGCCUUCUUUGCUGUCAUUUUCCUGGCCAGCUACACUGCCAACUUAGCCGCCUUCAUGAUCCAAGAGGAGUAUGUGGACCAGGUUUCCGGCCUGAGUGACAAGAAGUUCCAGAGACCUAAUGACUUCUCACCCCCUUUCCGCUUUGGGACUGUGCCCAAUGGCAGCACAGAGAGGAAUAUCCGUAAUAACUAUGCAGAAAUGCAUGCCUACAUGGGAAAGUUCAACCAAAGGGGUGUAGAUGAUGCCUUGCUCUCCCUGAAAACAGGGAAACUUGAUGCAUUCAUCUACGAUGCAGCCGUGCUCAACUACAUGGCUGGAAGAGACGAAGGCUGCAAGCUGGUGACCAUUGGCAGUGGCAAGGUCUUUGCUUCUACGGGCUAUGGCAUUGCUAUCCAAAAAGACUCUGGUUGGAAACGCCAGGUGGACCUUGCUAUCCUGCAGCUGUUUGGAGAUGGGGAGAUGGAAGAACUGGAAGCUCUCUGGCUCACUGGCAUUUGCCACAAUGAGAAGAAUGAGGUUAUGAGCAGCCAGCUGGACAUUGACAACAUGGCGGGCGUCUUCUAUAUGUUGGGGGCAGCCAUGGCUCUCAGCCUCAUCACCUUCAUCUGUGAACAUCUCUUCUAUUGGCAGUUCCGACAUUGCUUCAUGGGUGUCUGUUCUGGCAAGCCUGGCAUGGUCUUCUCCAUCAGCAGAGGUAUCUACAGCUGUAUCCACGGAGUAGCUAUAGAGGAGCGCCAAUCCGUGAUGAACUCCCCCACUGCCACCAUGAACAACACACACUCCAAUAUCCUACGCUUGCUCCGAACGGCCAAAAACAUGGCCAACCUGUCUGGAGUCAACGGCUCCCCCCAGAGUGCCCUGGACUUCAUCCGCCGUGAGUCCUCUGUCUAUGACAUCUCUGAGCAUCGCCGCAGCUUCACGCAUUCAGACUGCAAGUCGUACAAUAACCCACCCUGUGAGGAAAACCUGUUCAGUGACUACAUUAGUGAGGUAGAGAGAACAUUUGGCAACCUGCAGCUGAAGGACAGCAAUGUGUACCAAGACCACUAUCACCAUCACCACCGGCCCCACAGCAUCGGCAGCACCAGCUCCAUUGAUGGGCUCUAUGACUGUGACAACCCACCCUUUACCACCCAGCCCAGGUCAAUCAGCAAGAAACCCCUGGACAUUGGCCUGCCCUCCUCCAAACACAGCCAGCUCAGCGACCUGUACGGCAAGUUCUCUUUCAAGAGUGACCGCUACAGUGGCCAUGAUGACUUGAUUCGAUCAGAUGUCUCAGACAUCUCCACGCAUACUGUCACCUAUGGCAACAUCGAGGGCAACGCAGCCAAGAGGAGGAAGCAGCAAUAUAAGGACAGUCUAAAGAAGCGGCCAGCCUCGGCCAAAUCUAGGAGGGAGUUUGAUGAAAUCGAGCUGGCCUACCGUCGCCGACCACCCCGCUCCCCAGACCACAAGCGCUACUUCAGGGACAAAGAAGGGCUCCGAGACUUCUACCUGGACCAGUUCCGAACAAAGGAGAACUCGCCUCACUGGGAGCACGUGGACUUGACUGACAUUUACAAAGAACGUAGUGAUGACUUCAAGCGAGAUUCGGUCAGUGGAGGCGGGCCCUGUACCAACAGGUCUCACCUUAAACACGGAACAGGCGAUAAGCACGGAGUGGUAGGCGGGGUGCCUGCUCCUUGGGAGAAGAACCUGACCAAUGUGGAUUGGGAGGAUAGGUCUGGGGGCAACUUCUGCCGCAGCUGUCCCUCCAAGCUGCACAAUUACUCCUCUACGGUGGCAGGGCAAAACUCGGGCCGGCAGGCCUGCAUCAGGUGUGAGGCCUGCAAGAAGGCUGGCAACCUGUAUGACAUCAGCGAGGACAACUCCCUGCAGGAACUGGACCAGCCUGCUGCCCCUGUGGCUGUGUCAUCCAACGCCUCCACCACCAAGUAUCCUCAAAGCCCGACUAAUUCCAAGGCCCAGAAGAAGAAUCGGAACAAACUGCGCCGGCAGCACUCCUACGACACCUUCGUGGACCUGCAGAAGGAGGAGGCCGCCUUGGCCCCACGCAGCGUGAGCCUGAAAGACAAGGGCCGAUUCAUGGAUGGGAGCCCCUACGCCCAUAUGUUUGAGAUGCCAGCUGGUGAGAGCUCCUUUGCCAACAAGUCCUCAGUGACCACUGCCGGACACCAUCACAACAAUCCCGGCAGCGGCUACAUGCUCAGCAAGUCGCUCUACCCUGACCGGGUCACGCAAAACCCUUUCAUCCCCACUUUUGGGGAUGAUCAGUGCUUGCUUCACGGCAGCAAAUCCUACUUCUUCAGGCAGCCCACGGUGGCAGGGGCGUCGAAAACAAGGCCGGACUUCCGGGCCCUUGUCACCAAUAAGCCAGUGGUGUCAGCCCUUCAUGGGGCUGUGCCAGGUCGUUUCCAGAAGGACAUUUGUAUAGGGAACCAGUCCAACCCCUGUGUGCCUAACAACAAAAACCCCAGGGCUUUCAAUGGCUCCAGCAAUGGACAUGUUUAUGAGAAACUUUCUAGUAUUGAGUCUGAUGUCUGAGUGAGGGAAGAGAGAGAGAGAGAGAGAUUAAGAUGGGUGCGGGAGGGAUAGGGCUGUGGGCCGCGUGGUGCGCAUGUCACGGAAAGAGUCGGGGGUGAACUUGGCUCCCAUUCGCUUUUUCUUCUUCUUUUAAUUUCUCUAUGGGAUCCUGGAGUUCUGGUUCCUUACUGAAGGCAACCCUCGUGGCCAGCACCCUUUCUCCUCCCUUGCGCAGUUCUCUUCUUCCCGCGUCUGUCCACCAUUCCUGUUCCCAUAAGAGGAUAGAACGGGCCUCAGUGUGGGAGGCUGGAGAGGAGACCAGAAGCGCUGCCUGUGUGCUUCUUCCUAGCGCAGAAGGGCUCUGAGCGAUUCACUUUGAGCGAGGCUUUCCUGAUACUGCUCUUUUUGUUCAGGCAAGGAAGCGAAGGUGUUUAUCUAAGGAAGGCCAUUGAACCUCCUGCUCCUAAGAGAGAAGAGGCUUUCUCUGAAUUCUUGCUGCAUGGUUGGCAUCUGCUGAGGGGCCAUGUGCCAAGCAGAGGGCAGGAAGUCGUUGUAUAUAUAUAAGCCAAAAAGAUAAUAAUAAUAAUAAAAACUUUCUUCAGCUUCAGAAGCCUCAGGGGUGGUGAACCAAGGGAGAAGCCAUUGGUAGAAGAGAGAUUCCUGAACGAAGUGGGUAGUUCACUGCUACAGUGUCCCAUGGUGCAUUGGAAGCAAGAGUAUGGGACUGUGUAUGCACAUAUACAUGUACACCUGCACUCACACGUAGUCAGGUGCCUCUGAAUACAGAGAACGAAACCUCGACUGGCUGCUUCCUCCCACAUACGAAAGCAAUGCGCUUUUUUUUUUUUUUUUGGCUUAUAUAUAAACUGAUGUCACCCCAAUUUGGGCUAUCUCUCCAUUUUUUCCUUCUUGAGUGAAGGUAUAGAGAUUCUUGAUGAAGACGAAUCCAUAUUGCAGAAAAGACAACAGAAGGAAAUGAAUGGAACUGAGUCAACCCUACAGAAUACUUUGUCAGUAGCUGCUAAUGCUUUCCACCAGCUUGGGCAGAGAGAGCUUUUCAGUAAGGCUGAAGGGAAAUGGAAAUAGCUGUGAGUCCUUUACUCAUACUUAGAAUCUAGGCAUUCAGCCCCUUAGCUGGAUGAGGUUUUGGGGAAAGCUCUUCGUAUAAGGCUUUGUGAAAGAGCCAUUACAGUAGGGUGAGAGAGGGGGAUGUUUUUAGUCAUUAACGGUAGGGUUAGUGAGAAAGGGGGAUGUUUUCAAUGCUUUGAUCCCUUCUUACUUAACCUAGAACUGAAAGGGCAAGCAAAUUCCCCCUGGAUUGGUGAUGUGUCAAGGGGACACGUGGGGGAGAGAAAUGAGCUCAUCGCCAAGGGUACAUCCCUGGAAAGCCAGAGAGCAUGAAGGAUUGAGAAGUGGGAGCCUGGGUCCCUAGGCAUGUGACUUGAAAUAGUGCAAGCGCUUCGACAAGCCCCAGUUCCCUCUCAGAUUGUACCACUCGACAGUGAAUGUGCUUGCGUGCCUGCGUGUGCGUGUGUGUGUGUGCGUGUGCGUGUGCGUGUGCGUGUGCUUGUGUGUGUGUGUGUGUGUGUGUGUGUGUGUGUGUGUGUGUGUAAAACUACAGGGAUGGGGGUGCUGGCAGGUGUGAUGCCCCCUCACUUAAAGUUGGAAAAUUAAGAAGGGAAAUGAAUAUUUGUCACUGCCCGACCUGAAACUUGGGGUAGGGGUGUUCCAUGGGUCAGUUCUGCUGCCCUGCCCUCCCCUCACACAGGGUGGCGUCCAAAGAGCCCUGGGUCUGUGUGGAAGCUUGACUGCAGGAUCGCCGUGUGGCACACAGGACACAUAAACCAGAAAGGUGCUUAUUCUUCUCUGGAACGAAGCUGCCAUGUCUCUUCACGUCACAUCCUCCUGGCCUGCUUCUUGCCUUCCUGGUCGCCCCGCCUCAUGGCCUCCCCUCAUCCCCAUACUCGACUGCUGUCUCCCACCUUCCUCCUUGAUUUCUUUUUAAUUUUUUUUUACCUCAGUAUCUCUCAUUUAAAUGCCAACUGAAGGCCUUGUUUUCUUUCUAAAAUGAACGUGGGGGCAAGGGGCUGAACCUCUCAACACCCUGGAGAGAGGAGCGCGGAGUGCUUUAUUUUAGGUUCCAGGAAAGACUCUGAGAGAGGACAGAGGGCGUGAGGCGUCUCCCAGAGGAAGAAGGAGAAGGGCCAUAGAAACAUUGCUUCACUCUGGCUCUGUCCAAGGGCCAGAGGCUCAUCCCCCACUCUUCCUCUUACCUCUCACCCUUUAAAAUUUUAAAAAGAAAAAAAAAAAGGAAAAAAAAAAAAGAAAAAACCAAACCAACUAACCUAGCGAACAGCAAUCUAGAAAACAGGGGGCUCUGGUGGUCUCCACAGGCCACAGAAAUCAAGAUGGUGUUUAUUUGGUAUGUAAAUAUUUUGUUUUCUAAUUAAUUUUGUAUAGAUAAAGUGUUCUCCUGUGAGUAUUCAGGGUGUUGAGCCGGAGGGAGUGGGGUGGGGAUGGGAUUGAGGGGGGAUUGUUUCGUUAUGGGUUUUCAUUUUCAGUUGGGGAAAUUGUUUGACAUGGCCUUUGUUUCAGAGUGUCUGGGAAAAAAAAAGUUAACGGGAACAGAAGCCACUAUGGUGACUAAGCCAGGGGAAAGCCAUUUAUGUCCAUGCCCCAUCUCUGAAACCUGUCUUCCUGCGGAUCUGUGAGAAGUGAGCACGCACUUUACCUGAGUUUUGCUGGGUCUCUAUCAGUAUUAAGCAAAACUUGGUCUGACUCUUGUCUUCUAGGGAGACCAUAGGAAACCAUCAAUCUGUCAAAAACAAGCUGGUGGCAUCAGAUUUUUCUCUGUCAGUACCUAGGCUUACAAAGGUUCCCCAAAAGGGCUUGAAAAAGAAUUGAGGUCCAGCGGCCUCCUUUCUUGGCAUGGCUGAGAGGUUUCAGGAAGCCAGGUUCCGAGGAAUCUCACAGCAGCCUUCUCUGAUACUCAACAAUCAUCUUACCAUUCUGAUCCUUCAUGCUCUGGUACCCGAGCUCGGAGCGCCCCAUCCGUCUACCUGUGCCUCCCUGUAGAAAUGACCUCUUCGGGCACACCCAAGAAAUCUCCACUAAUUUUACUUAAGCAUGUGGUUUCAGGCUGGUAGAGGGAUAGCAAUGGAUACAAGGGUCUUACAGACAUAUAUGCUUUUCUAGAAAAGGUCCCCAGACUCCCUCAAAACUAGCAAGAUAGCUAAAACUAGUUAUAGAGGUGGGCAAGUGGGUAUGUGAGGGACAGUAUCAAUGGUGGCUUAAGAGUUACCUUGUUCUUGUUACUGCCAUUAGGAAGGUGCUAUUUUGCUCAAAUCAGGUGUCCCAAAUCUGAUUUGGGGCUAACCAGACAAAUAGAAUCUCUUUUACUGGAUUGUUGGCUUUGUGAAAGAUAGCAGCUUCUCUCUCCCCUCCCCCAUCCUCCCCCCCCCCAUUCCUAAAUUGAUAUACCCAACAUACUGCAUUUUCUCCCCUAUUCUCUUACCAUCAGAGACUGUCAUCUGGGAAAUUUAACUAUCCUAAACCCCUUAUUUGGCCUCAAUUGAUCAUUUUUUUUCACCUGGAUACUGGAGUUGGGACCAAAGUACGGUCUUCAUGGCCUACUCUAGAAUGAAUAAGAAAAUGAAGUCUGUCAAGUUAUAGAUGUAAAAUUCCAUCAUAACAAGCCAGUAGGAUGCCUAAGAAUUCAGCAGUGGCUCCCAUCUCCAUCCCUGAUGGAUACGGACCAAGAUCCAAUCCAUCCAAAACUGUGAGGUUCUGUAGAGCCCUGAGAGCACCUUAUGUUCCACAGUGUCCUUCAGAAUCCAUGCUCUCUCUCAUGAGUGCUAGCUUCCCCUGCGGGAGUGGGUGGAUGGGUGUGGUCCUGCAUCACUCCUUUUAGUGGCAAUGCUGACCCAUUCGCAUGCCCAGUGACCUCAACAACCUGACCCUUGAAUUUGCCUGAAGUGAAGAUGUGCACACCCUCUCGGAGUGUGGCAUGUACAGUGGACCUUGUUAUUUCCAAGCUGUCACUGUGUAUCCUCAACCAGCACUUGGGAAACGUCCCUAAUGUGUGUUCCCUGGUACUGGCCACAGCCAUUUUGUGAUUGGGGCAAAACUCCCAGAUGAUCCCAUUAAAUGUUGGUGGUGUCAGUAGUGCCCAAACGCAUGUGUAAAAUAGGAGUCUUCUAUACAGUGAUGUGAGUACCACUCACCCAGUCUUCCAUGGCCAUCAGGAAUUGCCCCAGGGAGAAUUCUCUGCAGAGUGCUGGUCACCUGCACCUCUCAUUUAAGAGCUAGGGUUUCUUUUGUUUGGUUUGGUUUUUGUUUGUUUGUUUUUUUUUUCAGUAACUUGAAGAUUUAGGGAAAGAUUAACUAUAAUAUUUGGGCAAAAGCCUUUGGAAAAGCUAUUCCUGAACUCAAAUUGUCAUUAUUUUUUUUAUUUAUUUUUAUUUUUUUGAUCACCGUCUCUGAAAAGGCCCUGUCCUUACUUGGCACCCUGUGAGUGUCUGUUUUGGUGUGCUAGGAAUGAUUCAUGUGUGCGCAUACAUGAUGUAAUGGCAGUUUAUUGGUGAAUGUGUUUGGUGUUUCUGGGCAUUGUGGCCAUAUGGUAUGUUCCCAAAGCCAUAUAGAAAUUGUGGGAUCUAGGGGCCGCGAAAACACAUGGCGUCACCUUUGCUUUCUUCACCUUGGUGUCAGAGAAUGUUCUUGCUGUCUAAGGGAUUCUUUAGGGCAAGAGGCACCCCAAGGAGGUCAGUCAUACCAGAGUGGCUCUAGCCUUACCAAAGGCAAAUGACCCAUGGCUCGCUUUCAAGAUCCCAGAAGAGCCUGCCAACUGCUGGCUUCCCAGACAGAUUUACUACACUAGGGCCGAGCUGUCCAUCUGCUGUUGAAAUGAAAGUGUUCCCAGGAAGAGUGACAUACUAAGCCAUAUUAGGGAUUUGUACAUUUAAACACCUAAUCUACAUUAGGAUUUUCAUUCCUUUUCCUGGGGAUAAACUCUAAUAAGCCAGCAGGAGAAGGCAAGUAGAGCAUCAUGAACCUCAGAGCAGGGAGAAAGAAUAAAGGGUCCCGAAAACUAGUCAGUGAAGCCAUGCCUCAUCUCUACCUGUUUAGUUAAGGCCCAUGGGAACCUGGCUUAGGAGUUCUACAUGGGCGUUGAUUCUUCAACACACACUCAUGUACAUAGUUUAUAAACAGCAGAAUUUAACACCAUGUAGAGCAGGUAAGAACUGUGACUUGGGAAGCAAAAGACAGACACCUCUCCUCAAAUACAAGAUAGUGAAGAGAAAGCCGUAAAGAAAAACGGUCAUUCACAUUUAGUACAUAACCCAUUAGUAUACUGUAGGAAUCACUGAAGAAUCUGUUCUCUGUUCCUGAUCAAAUGAUCGGCCACUCAAUUGUCUUGCCUGCAUUCUAAACUUUUCUAGUCUCCUUCCCCAUAUUCCCUGUGAAGGAGCCAAUUGACCCUCGGGUGCUAUUUAACCUGUGGGCCUAUGAUAUGGUUGAGUCCAUGCUACAGUGUACAUUUGUCAUUCUGAAGGCUUCUAGUAUUGAUCUGGGUCUAGGAUUCCAUCUGACUUGAGGAGGCAGCCAUCUAUAAGGUCACAGGCAGAAUGGUACAUCCUGCUGCCAUCCCGUUCUAACCACAUUUUCUCAGUCAUAUCCCGUCUCUGUGAGUUCUGUGGCUUGGAAUAUUACCUCUCUACUCCAACAACAAAGCCCCAGCCAAAGCCUUAAGUGAAAGUCUGUGCUUUUAUAAUGCCUUGGAGAGAGCUCUAGGUAGUAGUACAGAAGCAAAGGGAAGUAACUUUGCUUUGAGAGUAUUGGGUUACCAUAGUGAUGCCUGGGAUACAGAACAUUAGGAAUCUGUGCAUCACUCUGCCACUGUGUCCUUGGGCAUUGAUAUCAGAGUUAAUAAUUGUGAGCUGCUGGUGAUGGCCCACAUUUUGCAUUUGCUGGUGUGACUGGGGGGGGGCUGUUAAUGGGAACUGAGAGUGGAAAGUAGAGUGAACGGUAGAGUUCCUCACAGCCUUGGGAUGCUGCCGUAGAGCAUAUGGAUUUUGGCAAAAGUGAAAGUGGUAUUUAGUGCAAGGGUCAGAGUUACAAUCUAAGUCCAUUACAAAACUGUUAUUUUAAAGAUAUGGCUUCUAACCUGAGCUCUAUUUGUCAGUUAAUAAUCAUCUUACAGUUGUGAUUUAAAGGGUAGUAAAGAAAAAAAUCAAUUAAAAAGUCCUACAUAAAUAUGUAACUUAAAAUAAGCCAAUGUUUGUUGAGCAUUUAUUAUGACCCUGAGCUGGUGCUGAGAAGCAUAUAAAAGUUUUUAAAAUGGAGUAUGUUAUGUUCAUGCAGGCUGUGCAAAUGCACAAAUGUUAGCUAUUUACAUGUAUGUAUUGUGUCUAUAUAAAUAGGUGUGCAUAAAGUCCUCUCAUUAUACAUGAAGGUUUAAUAUUUUCUGGUGUCAGGGUUUGUGUCAAAGAUAUCCAUCAUGUUAUUUAAGAAUACCACAAAGAUUCAACAUUUCUACAUCAAGGCCAAGCCCUCGUCACUUCUUCUGGGAUUACAACCCAUUCUAGAGCUAAAUUCUCAGAGAUUCCCUUAGAUCACAGCCUUGAAAUUCCUCACUCAUCUCUGCCAGUUUCUCAGCUGAACACUCUUCAUCCCUGUGCACCAACCCCUGCCCUUGAGACCUUCUUGAGGUACACUUCAGGCUUCUCCAUGUUGCAUUUUUACUCCCUUCCACCCAGCUGACUAUAUUCAUCUCAAAACAAAACUUGGAAACCAACUGUAGGAUCAAAUCUUCUCUCCGUUUGAUUAGAUUCUUGAAUGCCCAUUUUUAAUCUCUGUUUGUUCUUGCUCUCCCGGCCUUCUCAAUUGGAUAGUCUUUCUUUACAUCCACACCCAAUGUGGACAUUGGUGUCCACAUAGACACGGCUUUGCAAUGAGUCUAUAAUCUGCUACUCACCUACAAACACCGAACAGCAAUAUUUCAAUGAGCAUCUUGCUACAAAACCCACCGGUCUUUCUUUUGCUCUGCUGCUCAUGUGUAGACAUUAACCUGAGCUAAGCAUCAAGAGGUGGUCCAUUCUGAUGUGCAUCUUAGCUCUCAGGUCCUCGGUGAGCUUGCUGCUUCCUGAUUCUGCUCAACCUUGACUUGGCGUGUAUUCUAAGGUUGACUCUCUCUAUCUUAACUCCUCAAAAUCUUUCUGACUCCUAUAACGUUCAUGGUUCUGAGUGAAUUCAAGUCUUCACUCCUAGACCCUAAUUUUCUCUUCAGCUCAGUACUGAAUCUCACCUUACAUUGACUCAAAUACCCAGAUUGGCCCCUUCAAACCAACAUAAUUAGAAAGUCUCCUUCUGGCUGAUGGUACCACUGGUCUCUCACCACACUAAGGUUUUGCCAAGAAUUUUUGCCUCUCUCAUGUCCCCAGUUUUGCACAUGUAAUCAUUUGGAAAGCCUGUUGGUUCUCACUCUAGAGUUGGUUUGGCCUCUGUUGCUCCUCCUAACUCUUCCCUUCAUUGAUGGUUUCAGUGUUGUACAUCAUUGUUUGAAGAGUUUAUAUUUCAGUCUACUCUCAUCAGCUUGCCUGUCCUAACGACAGCUAGUACACAUCCUCCCUAGUCCCAGAAACAAGUUUAAUGAGCCACCCUGGCCAUGGUUUUCCAACAAGCAGGACUGAUGGCCAUGUUCCCUUGUGUUGUCCUUGUGGCAGGACAGUUAAAUUACAAACUUGUCCCUUACUCUUUAGCCAGCUAGAUUGGCUUGUAUCUUAAACUACUCUUUUCCCCAAAUUCCCUACUUCCAACUCUCCUCACCCUCCUCUCUUACAGAAUCCACUUCUUCUGUUUAAAUCUUCAAAAACAACGACAAACAACUAUAGCAUAUAUUCCCCUUCACAAGCUCUGCACAAAAAAUCUAGGCAAUUUAUGAAUGUCCAUGACAUGCAAUUAUAUCUCCUGGAUGGCACCCAACAGAGACCACCCUCAUAAUGAUUUGGUUGUGUGUGCUAUCUUCCCCACACCAGAUUCUGAACAAGCCAUACAUUUAGUAGUCUAUUGUUUCCUAUAUUACCUAAUUGGGUGUCUUGUAUAUGAAGAACACUAGUGAAUAUUUGAUAUUAUAAAUAACAAUGGAAAAUGAGUUCACUUAUUUUACCCACAGAAUAUUUGAAUCUACAGGAAUAUGUAAGGAUGAGUUCUUGCCCCACAAACUCCACGUUUCUCUUUUUCUCCACACAGAGCCUCAGUAGUACACUCACAGCAUGUGUGUGCAUUUCCACAGGCUUAUUUCCAGUGGAAAUGUGUAUUUCUCCAAGUCAUGCUUCAUUCUCUGAAGUCCUUCUUCUUUGGCUACUUCAUGGUUAUUAAUGUGUCUCUGCAGUGAUGGUUGUGCACAAAAUAAAUGUCAGAAGAUUAGACUUCGAAGAAUGUUGAUCAAAUGGGAGGUGAGUAGAGCUGAUGUCGGGACAUGUCACUGUCCUGAGUGAGCACAGUAUGAUCUAUGCUGGGAUUGACAGGUCUUUGUUUCAAGAGUUAGACAGUUUGAGUUAUUUGGACCCUUGUUACAAGAUAAGCUCACUAACCACUCAGCUUUGUGAGUCUCAAUAGGAUUUGUGAUCCAAUAGGAUUGCACUGAGUGCUGGAAGUUGCCACCUUUGUAACCAGGUGGCCCAGACCCGGGGUCAGGGGCUAUUUGUUCUGCUUCUCCCCUUGGCUUGAUGACUUUCUUUUCUUGCCCUUUCUGAGGCUUUAUGGCACUGAGGUUAUUAAACACAUUACCUCUGACAUGCACAUCUCAAGUGAGAACACGUCAGAAUUUUAAUGACUUGAUCCAGAAGAAUUCUAGUGUCUCAAUUCCUCUUUUCUUUAGAUGUGAUUAGAUUCGUUGCCCUAGAGGAGAGUGUAGCACCACUGGCCUGAUGAUCCUCUUGUUGCUCUGUCUUCCUGCAGCCUUUGCUGUUGGUCCCUCAGUUUUACUGAACAAUUCCACCUAUUCAUUCUAGUUACUGUCCAUUUCUGUCUCUGAAAGAACUCUUGGGGCUAGUCCUAUACUUUUACUUAAUCUUCUCUGGUACCAGGUAAUAUUCUCUUUCUUUCUCCUGCCCAGCUUCCCCUAUAAAUCUCAUGAUGUCAUUGGUCAUGAAUUAUUCUCCUUUGGGAGGCAUCUUCUGCCACUGAGUGCUAAUUUAAAGCAUACUGGAGUGAACCUAACUCAAAUAAGUUACAGGCAAUGACAAGUCUGUUUUUCAAAAAACCUAGCAGGGUUCAUUCUUCAUCAAGACAGGAAGGGGUCGAGAGAUUAUUAUUGGCAAGCUGGAGUGAAACUUGUGACACCUUAGGAGGAAUCUAGUAAAAGUUAAAAUGUUAAGUCUAAAGGGGUAGGGUUUAUUUUUGUCAGUUCUAAUAGAUGUAGAUAAUAUUAAUCCUAGCAAUGGGGAUAAUUAACAUUUUAAAGUAGAGUCCAUCUUAUGAUAUUAUGAGACUGGUUUUAAGCAGAGGAACAGUCUGGUACUAACUAGUGGCUGUGGGGACAGACAGCUGUUCUCUCAAAGACGGGCAUUUCUGCUGGACCAGUGGAUGUGUCAACAAACUGCAUGAAGUUUUCCAUGAUUAUUUUCUAUUGUCUUAUUCUACUCUUUGUAAGAAAUUAUUUACCAGUACCUGUAAAGGGUAAAUAAUAAGAGGCCCAUAAUAGUUCUAACCUUCACAUCACAAGUAGAACUGAGAGCCUGAUGGUCCCUGAUUUGAGGUUCCCUUCAGGAAGUAAGGAACCCCCAAAGGACCAGACUUGCCCAUAGCCCAUUCCUUUGGCCACAGCUAAUUUUCGAAACCUCACGUUAACAGGAGAGCAUGAUUCCAGGAGUCUCCCAAAGGAGGGAAGAAUUCUCCUUUCUGUUUACCUCUUUUGGUUGUAACCUGAGAGGCAAAAGGGAGACAGAUUCGAUCUAGGGUAUAUUACAAAGCAUUUUCUAAUGGCCCAUUUCAAAGUACUUGGGGACUUUAGGCUGUGUGAGCCAUUGUUGAAAUGCCAGGGGAGGUAUCCAGAGAGAACUCUGUACCUGAGGUAAGGGAGCUGGACUCAGCCUUAUCCUUGAGGUUCUAGAUGCUUACAGGAAGUCUGGUCACUUGUCAUCCCUGAGUCAUUGCCCUAGUCCUUUGGAUGACACCCAGAGAGUUGUUGCUCACCACCCUGGGCACAGAGAGCACAGCUUGUCCUACCAUCCUUGCUGUAGAAUGCUAACCUUUGCAAAUCUGUCUACCUUGGCAGGAGCAGGUUCACAGUAUUGGCUCUGACAGGGGAGGAGCUGCAGGGGCUGUGAUCACAGUGAUGUGAAAGCGCACAGGGGCCUGCUUCCUUAAGAUGAUGGUACUGCUUAGCUCCAAAGGGAUUCGUUUCUCCUUUUAAAACAAAACGAAACAACAAAACAAAGUACUAUGCCUUUCUGAUACCUCAGCCCUAGUCAGACUAGUUUGUGUAGCAGUCAUUGCCGCAUUUUAAUUCUAAUUAGUUAAUUGUAGUCAAUUAUUAUCAAUAAUCAUUUUCUUUUGCAAUUAGAGCUAUUUUAAUGUUUCGACGUGGUAUAAGAAACAUUAGCAAGCCACAGCUGAUGCCACCUUGUUGUCUCUGUCUGAAUUGUACUUUCAGUCUUACAAAUAGGUUCCAUGUCCUUCUCAUAGUUGCAUGUAAUUAGAUGAUCACUUUGCUAUGAGUACUUUCAUGUUUGUGUAUUUUACCACUGCCCCUCAAACACACACACACACACACACACACACACACAAACACAAUUAGGAUAAAAAGCUAAGAACAUUAAUGUGUACAUGAUAUUUAAUGCUCCUAAACAAGAGCCUGACCAGUAUAGUUCUGUUAACCCCCCCACUUUGUCCUUUGAUGCCCAAGACGUAAAUAACAAGGCAUCUUGAACCAGAGGAAAUAAUCAUUUUAUCACAGUCCUCGAGACUCUUGGGCAUUUUAAAUGACUAGGGCAAUGAGUUCAGCUAUUGAGUUAUUUGAGUUCAGUCUUGAUAAACGGCAAAAGAAAUCACUAAGACAUGGGAUAGUUUACCAUCACCAUUUCUCCAGACAACCUCCUUGGACAUGGAAACGUAAUGGAGUUUAGUUAUACAGAUGAACACGCUGAAGUACAAAUGCAUUGGUAAGUCAAAGCUUGCAUAGUGCAUUGUCUGGAUUUUGUACCACAGUCUGUCUCAGAAAAUCAUGCGGCAUGUAUAACUCUCCUACUCCAAGUUUCUAAUACCAAACAACAGAGGGAAGCCAUGAAAUCCAGGCAGUUGUUUUAACCAAACCUUUCACACAAAAUUCAUCUUCCCAGAUUUCCACCCUGCCCACUUCCCAUAAUCCAUUAGUCUAUAGAAGCCAGUCAAUGAGUGGAGCAAAGCGGGCAUCUGAAAAACAGAGACAGAAAAUUUUCUGUAAUGAAGGAAAUUUGAAGAGCAAAUCAAGAUGUAUGGAUCUUGUGAGGUUAGACAUGGAGAAUAACUUUCAUUAUUCAAAAUUUUCUUAUGGAAUGUGAUCAGACCAAACCUCCCAGAUUAGUAGCCUAGGAAGGGAACUAUUAAGAAUAUGUGUGAGGUGGUAAUGAAAUGCUGAAGGUGUCAGUAGUUUGGGCUAGCCCACAGGGAUAGCUACUUCAAAGGAGAAUCAUUUACAUUAUUCCCUGGGUCAUUGUAUCUAAUGUAGCCACAUUUAAGCAUAUUCGACUACUAAUAUUAAGGCACAAGUUGGUUUUGGAAACAUUAUGUACAUGAAGUAUAGUGCAACUAGCAUGUGCAAGGAACUCCUGACAAAAGACCUGCUGUCCCCCGGAGCCAGAAUAAAUGAUUGACUUCCUAAAUCCUAAAGGAAGGGGAGUAGUAAUGUCUGCAGCAAGUCGUCAUGAGACUUUUUUUUCACCCCAAGAUUAUAAUGGUAAAUUGUUUAAUAAUCAUAACUGAAGGUCUCCCCCCAUAGCUACCUUCUCUGGUUCCUCAUUCCCAUGCAUGGGAAGAGGAAGUGAGGCCAGCAUAGGAAUGCUCCUCACACUGAAAGUUUAGAAUUAAGUUGGUGACAAAUAGCACUUCUCUUCCCCCUUGUUUGCCUCCUGCUUCCUGGCAUAAGAACAUGUUGGUAUGCAUAGCAAACUAAGAAAAGGGGCAGCCCAUUUAUUUUACCUUGAUGCCACAGUGGCUUUGUCAUUCUUAUGAGUUGCAUUACCUAUGUCAUGAUGCUCCCUACUAGCAGAUAUCAAGGCCAAGAUCUGACGGGUGUUGGAGCAUUUGAGUCCCCUGAGAUGGCCAUUUUCUCUUUGGUGCUAUUCUCAUAUUCAUUGUCGGUUAGAAUGGAAAGAGGAUUCGUAGGACCCUAAGGGCAUGGCUGGAGAAUUACUUAAUUGAAACCACAAAGCCCCUGUGCUUAAUAUUAAAUAUUAAAGUGGAAAUGAAAAAGGCAACCCUCGAGCCCAGCUGCCCACAGUACAGAUCAGAGAAGCAUUAUGGGAAAAGUCUUAGAAAGAAAGUCCCUAUCUAACCAAGGCCAAAGCAGCCAAACUGAAAAUAUAAAAGAAUCACAGUAGCUUCCUAUUGUGAGGGUGUUAUGGCUGGCACAGAUUGUUCCUGUGCUAAGAUAGAAACAGGUAAAAGUCCAUCUCAGAGCCUAGGGCUCUCUCCUCAGCAGCAGUGUGUGCAUGAACCUAAACUCCUUGCCGCUGACCUUGGGGACAGAACGGAAUUCCUCUCAUAUUGCAGAUUGAUUUUUUUCCUAAGCCCAGCUUACCCACUGGUCAUUGAGCCCUGGGGUAAGUUAUAACCUUCCCUUAGCCUCCUGUCAUCUACCACUUCUAUUGAAGAGCAAUCCUGAAAACCUGUUUGGUUUUAAGGCCUGCUGGAUGAAGCUAGAUAUCUGGGUGGAGGUUGGAAAUGGGCAACGUGUUUCAACACCAAGAAGAGAGGCCCCCUGUGCAAAUGUGCAUGCCCAGUAACUUGUAAUCUAAUCAGAAAGUCCGAAAGGCUUUUGUAGGUUCGAGGCAUCUUUAUUUCAAUGGAACAAGAUGGCAUAUUCCUAUUCUCUUCGUCUUCAGCUCACUGCCUGGGAUACCAAAUGUGCUUCUUCCCAGAGAGAUAGACCAGACCAAGACCAAAAGCCAAACAUCCCCAGGCAGCUGUGACUGCCCUCUGCCUAUCUUUGUUUCUUUCCCCAUAUUACCUGCCACAUGAUAAAAACAAAAAAUCUGCACAGUCAUCACCAAUCAAACACCAUACUAGCAAAAUACAAUACAGAAAUUUAGUAAGAAAUAGUGAAACCAGGGGCCGGAGAGAGAGCUCAGUGGUUAAGAUCACUGGCUCCUGAGUUCAAUUCCCAGCAACCACAUGGUGGCCCAUGACCAUCUAUGAUAGGGAUUUGAUGCCCUCAUCUGGCAUGCAGGCACAUAUGCAGAUACAAAUAGACAUAAAAUAAAUAAUUAAACAACAACAACAACAAACGAGUAAAAUCAGUGUGUUUCACUAAAUCCCAGUCAUCUUUGGGGAAUAUAAUUCUGUCUGUCUAUAAUCCAUCCCUCCUCUGAAGACCUUCCCCUUAAAAGCCAUUAUUACAACAUGAAUGGUAGCUAUGCUAGGAAAUUGGCCCCCAUAAUACUUAUUUUAUAGCCACUGAAAAGUGGGUUUUAUAGUUGACAAUAGCUUUUCCAGUUCUUCCCACAGGGAAAUCUGUCUUUCCCUCCCUGCCUCUUGCCAUAGCUCCUGAUACCACUUCUUGAUGCGGCUCUCCCUCUCUACCUUGUUCUCCUGUUAGCAAAGAAUGCCCUCCUUUAACUGAGUUCUUAUUUAGACAGUCUGCUUGGAAAAUGAUCUGAGAGUAAUUUCUCAUUGGCUUUCUCGUUACUCUUUAAUUUGAAAAGGAGUUGAAAGGAAAUAGUAAGAAAGCAGGCAAACCAGGCCUCGUCCUCAAACGCUUCAACUCAAGGUCGAGUGCCCAGAAAGUGAGUGUCCUCAAGUGGGAGCCUGAGGACGUGUAAAGGAGAGAGCUGUGCUCCCGAAUAUUAAGCAGCCACUGAGCAGGUGCACAUGGGCUUUGGUCAAGAUGAUUUCUGUGCGCAUGGACACAUUAAUCUCUUGCCCCAGCUCUGGUUUCCUGCAACGCUGGCUCCUUUUCUCUGUCAUUUCAAGGCCCCGGAUCUGUGCAUGGAGAGUGUUUGUUUUCAUUUGAGCACACUGAUGAUGGUACGCUCGCUCCAGCUCUGCCCUGAGUAUAGAGGAAGCCAAUGCUUUUUAAAUCCUUCUACCAAUGAGCUGUUGCAUGUCAGGUACGAGCUGUUUAGAAUAUAUUAAAAUGAGAGGGAAAAAAAGAUAGAUGAGAAAUAAAUUCAGCGACAAGUAGAACAGAGCGUGGUUUUGAAAUAAUGUUCUUCACCAAGCUGAGAAAAAAGUCCAGAAGCAAAAGAAAGGGGGUUGAAUAGUUUGGAAGACAAAAGAGGGUAAUAUUCACACCAAGACACUCUGGUUAUCCCCACUAAAAAAUAGUCUUUCACCCCCAAGCCCUCAUGAGCUCUAUCGGAAGGAGAAGCCUGCUACUGCUGGCUGCUGGUGAUUGCUCAGACAUGGAGGUGGACUGACUUUAGAAACAGUCUCAGACUUUUUUACAGAAAGGUACCGAUAAACAAUACACCCUGAGUCUUCAAGACUCAUCUACAGACCUCAGGACCACUCCCCACUAGCCGUCUCCAUUCUCCAGUCUAGAAUAUUCUGAGGAGAAAAGCCACAUGAUCAUUGUAGCUGCAAUUACUCAUUUUGAGAAGCCAAAGGGCACAGAGGAGAGGUGAAUAUAUCAAGAGUACAGAGCUAGUUCACCCUUUUUAAUUUCUUCAUCUUCUUCAAGUUCAGCGUGGCUUGCCAUCACAAACUUAGGUCAAUCACAUCUUCCCACCCCAGUGAAAACACCAAGUUUUAUAAUCUGAUUACUGUUUACUCCAGAAAGGAAAUUGGUGGAUUCAAUUACAAACAGGCAUUUUACAGAUUGCCUUAAUCCUGAUUCUUACACAUAGUAACAUGGAAUGCAUUGACUCAGACCUGAUCUCCUAAGCUGUAAAACCUCACUGAAGGGAAAUAGAUCAUGUGUUUCUGAACCAACUUUGUUAAAAGUAUGAAGUAAUGCUCGAGAAUGUUCUAUCUGCUAAUUCUACAAUUAGCAGAAGGCGUUUGGAAAGUAGGCAACACGGGACAAGCAGAGAAAAGGAUGGAGACAGAGUCCAACCAACUAAUGAGAAAUUAAGGUUAUUUUUAAUUAUUAAAAAUAAUAAUAAACCCAGCAUCAAUUCUUAGAUUCCAAAUGAGCUCUGUGUUUGUCACGCCAAUGUUUGCAUAAGUAACAGAGAUCCAGGGUUUCAUUUUAUUUAUUUUCUUGGAAGAGGCGCUUUAGUGGUCGUUUGUUUUACUUUACUUUUCUAUGAAACUGGACUUGGAAAGCAUUUGUUUGCAGCUUGAGGACAUGUUUAUCCUUGUAAGGUUGCUUAUGCAAUUGAAACCCUAUUCCAGGACAGUCUAGGUGCUGGGAAUGAGCACACCAGUGUUUCUGUCUCUUGAGCCUCGUGUGUCACUGAAAGGAAAUCUUUCAUAUGUUGUAGUAACCUUAAGAUGCUUAGCAGACAUUCAGGUGGAAAGCAGAUUAGGCCAAGCUUGACGUUGAGGUCCCCAGGGAAGUUUUUGUUUUGUUUGGUUUGUUUGUUUGUUUGUUUGUUUGUUUGUUUUUUGAAAUGGCCCAUUUUGUGAUGGCCAGAAUGAUCCAGUAGAGAGAAGAAAUUGAUAGUUCCUAGAAAGAGAAGAUGCUGAUGGGUAAUAUCUAUGAUGAGCUUAAGGGAAUGGAAUCCAAUGCACAAACAGAAGGCUGGAUGUAGGUGCCUGCAGGCCAUUUAUAAUGGAAAGACUAUGGUAUUGGUCACAGAUGCAAGUAGGUAGAUAGAUUGGGGGUUCUGUCUGUUUUGAUUGAUGAUUCUUCAGUGACAUGCAAAAGGAGCUCAUAAGUUAAGGGGCUACCCAGGAUGGUUUCAAGGACCAAACCAGGCAGAGGAGAACAGCGAGGAUUGCCUGAUGCACUUGACUCUAGAUUUGGUCACUGUGUUGUUUUAAGGGAGAGAGGUGGAAUGGUCUGAGAAUGGCAGUGAGGAGCAAGCGAGCCACCUCUAGACUGGUGCCAGGACAGAUGUGUGUCAGGAGAGCACACUACUCAGUGAGACUGCCGGAGCCUCAAGGAUGAGCCAGGAAGGUGGCAGCAAUCGUCAGGGAAUGUAUGGCAGUGGAGGACCCCAAUUAACAGGAAGGAAUGGGAGUUAGGAGGGAUGGAAGAUGGGCCCACCUAGGAGAUGAACACGCUCACCCAUGGAUGAAGGUCAGAGCGGGUUCCUCACAGUGACUCUCCUGAGCCAAGCUAUGGGCAGCUAAAGUUGGUACUGGUCGUCUUUAUCAGACUGAAGUGGCAGGGCUGCCCGGGCUAGACUAGGCCUCACCAGCAACGUGUGGCACCUGUAAUGGUCCAUCACCACCCCCACACCCCACACCUGCUUUUUAAUUGCUCCUAAAAUGUCUACCCCCACAUUCUACUUUUGCUUAUUUACUUGAUUGGAGACAAAGUCCAAUCCUCCUGCCUCAGCCUCCAGAGAGCUGGAAUUACAUGCAUCAAUGUCCACUCCUGGUUUGGCUGUGCCUCUUGUCACAGAUGUCUUUAGAUAUGAGCCUGAAUGCAAACUGCACAGUGACUCUUCACUUCCAGAAAGAUCAUACCCAACUGUCAACCUUACCCUUUCUCCUUUAAAAUCUUCCAACUAAAGUUGCUCUCCUUGGGGGGGGGGGGGGAAUCAGAAUUCUUUGUUCUUACUUAUCUUAGUCUUUGUUCAUCUUUUAAAAGAAAUCUCAGAGAAUAGCGAACAGCUUUGCUUCUGCCCAACCCUGGCAAGUGAAGGUUUCCUCUGACUGGUCAUUUUUAUCCGGUGUUUCCUUUUGUGGCAGAGAACAAUAGGCCAGGAGCAUUAGGAAGUGAUUGGACAUCUCUAAAAGCUCUGCAGGGAGGGCAUUUCGGAUGAUUAGGAUGACUGGUUAGGGAGGACGGGUUUUGAGUGAGGCUGAAUGAGGGGGAGGGGGAGGGGGAGGGGGAGGGGAGGGGGAGAAGUAUUUUGAAGAUAAUACUGGAAAAAAUAAGUUUGACCAAAGGAGAUGGCAGAGGGUAGGGUUGGGGGACCCACUUUGUAGCACCUGGAGAUUUAGCAAGCAUAAACUCGAUCCUGCCUUCCCCACACACUCAUGUCUGGCUCCAAUGACCAACUGGUCUUAUUUCAUUUAAUGGGCCUUUAGGAAAUCAUAAUUUGAAGAGACAGUAGGCAUUUCUAGUUCUCCUGACCCAACAGAAUCUCGAACAGGGGACCGGGGAUAUCAUAAGGGCAGUGGCUGGUUCAGCAUCACUGUUCACCAGGGAACAUGUACCCUUCACCUCUGUCUUAUCCUUCCUGAUGGUCCUCUCAAAGAUUAGCUGGUGUUCACCCAGGCUCAUCUAAUGCCUGUCUUCAGUUCUGCGUUGGAAUAGUAUUACAGCCAACUCAAGGGCUUAUUCCAUGCUUUGUGCACCAAUGCUGGCUAGAGCUCCUUUAGCAAAGAAUAGGAAAGCCAGAGCUACUGGGGUAUGUGUUGACUGCUUUACUUCCUGCCCAGCAGGAAUCCAGCCUUUCAAAGGUAAACUGAGCACAGCCUAGUUUCCAUCUACUGAGACUUCCCUUGCUUUAGGAGGUCACACCAACAUAAUUGGGCAAGAAGAAGUAUGGAAUCUGUGUCAAGUGGGGGAGAGGUUGACAAAGGAGAAGAAAUUUUAAGUGGGAGUUUUGUGACCCAUUGACCACCCCCGCACUCAUACCUUAGAGUUAGCCCUUGCAUUUGUGGAAACACAUCCUGGGAGCUAGCUGGCAUGAUAGCAUGGGACCAGAGACGACACGGGAUAGGACAAUGAACUCUUACCUGUAGGAAAUAUCUCUUUUCUUCCAGUGCUCCAACGAUGUGUCAUAAGUACACUGAGCCACAAUGGCCGAAGCAUGUGCGUGUGUGCCUGUGGGUGUGUGUGUGUGAGUUUGAGCAGGAGUGUGAAGGGCUGAUGGUGGAAACACAGAACACACCCACGGUGGCUUGGGCUGCAGUCUCAGAACCACAGCCCUGCAGGAGUCAUUCCUGGGGAGGGGUAAUGGUCAUAGCUUCCCGGGUGUGGUGUUCCCCGGCACCGGAAGCACUCAGGCUUGCCUGGACUCUGUGAGGCCAGAUACCACAUUCCUCCCCUGGGCCAGCCUUCCUUCCUCUUGACUCUCAGAUCCCCCCAGGCCAUUCACUUCCAAGUUCUUUUAGGUUUGUUUGUUUCGGUUUUUUGUUUUGGUUUUCUGUAAAUAUCGAUUUCUUAUUUUGGACAUGCAGGGAUCAAUUGAGAUUCUGGAGUGGGGGGAGGGGCGGAUGACUGGGUCUUUUAUUUUUUUUCUUUCUCUCUUGGAUUUUGGUGUUUGAACUUGAAAAAAAAAUACAAGUAUAUAUAUAAGCAAAUGACUUACCUUUAACAAUCGAAAUAAGUUGAUUUCAUUCUUUUGUUUUAUCUUGUUUCUCAUUGGGGUAGGGUGGGGGUGGGGGGGUCUCUCGGGUGGAGGGCUUUUUUGUGAGCUGUAUAGAUUUCCAGUUUGGACUUGUUCAAAUGAUGCAGGAACAAAAAUUAAAAUGAGUUAAAAAAAAAGACAACAUAAAAACAAGAAAAACCUUUGUGAUGUAUAAAAGCUGUACAUAGUCAAAGAUCCUUUCUCUUUUCUAAUGGCAAAUUAUUUCUGUCACUUUAUAUUCAAAAAAUAAAGAAACCUACCACAAAUUAUCAGGGUAAAAAAAAAUC